AGGGAGGGAGGCAGAGGGAGAGCGAGAGCGUGAGCGCGCGCAAGCCAGCAAGCAAACCAGAGAGACAGAGGAGAGAGGGACCAGGAUAGAGACCCAGAGAAAGAGAAGAGGAAGCCGAGCUCUGUGGGGGCUGGACCUCCAACUUGUUUCAGUUCAUUCAUCCUUUUCUUCUCUCCACUUCAGGGAAGUGACUGUGGCUCUUGGACUCGCCAAGUUGGUGCCGAAGAAGAUGAUAAUCACACAAAUGAGUCAAUUCUACCUGACCAACCUUGGGCUUCUCUUCUUGAUUAAUAUUCUCCCUGGAACAGCUGGCCAAGGGGAAUCAAGACGACAAGAACCUGGGGAUUUUGUGAAGCAGGAUAUCGGCGGACUCUCUCCCAAGCACGCCCCAGAUAUUCCUGAUGACAGCACCGAUAAUAUUACUAUCUUCACCAGAAUCUUGGAUCGUCUUCUGGAUGGCUACGAUAACCGGCUGCGACCUGGGCUUGGAGAUGCAGUGACUGAAGUGAAGACUGACAUCUACGUGACCAGUUUUGGCCCCGUAUCAGACACUGACAUGGAGUACACCAUCGAUGUAUUUUUUCGACAGACAUGGCAUGAUGAAAGACUGAAAUUUGAUGGACCCAUGAAAAUCCUUCCACUGAACAAUCUCCUGGCUAGUAAGAUCUGGACCCCUGACACCUUCUUUCACAAUGGCAAGAAGUCGGUGGCCCAUAAUAUGACCACACCUAACAAGCUGCUCAGACUGGUGGACAAUGGAACUCUCCUCUACACGAUGAGGUUAACAAUUCAUGCCGAGUGUCCCAUGCAUUUAGAAGAUUUUCCCAUGGAUGUACACGCCUGCCCACUGAAGUUUGGAAGCUAUGCCUAUACAACAGCCGAAGUGGUUUAUUCUUGGACUCUUGGGAAGAACAAAUCUGUGGAAGUGGCACAGGAUGGCUCUCGCCUGAAUCAAUAUGACCUGCUGGGCCACGUUGUUGGGACAGAGAUAAUCCGCUCUAGUACAGGAGAAUACGUCGUCAUGACAACCCACUUCCAUCUCAAGCGAAAAAUUGGCUACUUUGUGAUCCAGACCUACUUGCCAUGUAUUAUGACUGUCAUUCUGUCACAAGUGUCUUUCUGGCUCAACAGAGAGUCGGUCCCUGCGCGCACGGUCUUUGGUGUCACCACUGUUCUCACCAUGACCACCUUGAGUAUCAGUGCCAGAAACUCCUUACCUAAAGUGGCAUAUGCGACGGCCAUGGAUUGGUUCAUAGCUGUCUGUUAUGCCUUUGUAUUUUCUGCGCUGAUUGAAUUUGCCACUGUCAACUACUUCACCAAACGGAGCUGGGCUUGGGAAGGCAAGAAGGUGCCAGAAGCCCUGGAGAUGAAGAAGAAAACACCAGCAGCCCCGACAAAGAAAACCAGCACCACCUUCAACAUCGUGGGGACCACCUAUCCCAUCAACCUGGCCAAGGACACUGAGUUCGCCACCAUCUCCAAGGCUGCUACUGCCAGUGCCUCCUCAACCCCGACACUCAUUGCUUCGCCCAAGACCACCUACGUGCAGGACAUCCCGACUGAGACCAAGACCUACAACAGUGUCAGCAAGGUUGACAAAAUUUCCCGCAUCAUCUUUCCUGUGCUCUUUGCCAUUUUCAAUCUGGUCUAUUGGGCCACCUAUGUCAACCGGGAGACGGCCAUCAAGGGCAUGAUCCGCAAACAGUAGAUAGUGAAGGCGCAGCAACCAGAGCACUGGAUACCCUAGGAAGCAUCCAGGCACCCAAACCCCGGGGCUCCCCUUUAUGUGUUUCAGGACUCUUGAAUCCUCUCAGCAAGCUGUGACUCUCAAUUCAUAUGUAUAAAUCUCAAUGAAAAAAACAAUUAACAGAAAAAUUACUUGUCCUGCUAACAUUGCUGAGUGUUCCCCCAACAGAGCCAAACACUGCCGUUUGCCCAGUUGCUCAUCUUAGCCUGCUGGGUCUCAAGUGCAGUUGUAGAAAGUCACAGAGUGUUACCCCAAGGAGACCACUUCUAAUAGUCUCAGCUCAAGGGAAUGAGAUUAAGAUGGCAGCCACAGCCACUCAUCCAGAGUAUCCUAGAAGCCCAAAGUAAAGCCACAGAUGGUACCAAAACCAGAUUCUCCCUGUCCACCCCCUGAACAAAGCUCCCAAGGGGUCUGUCCUUAGCUGCCGGAUGCCUUUUCACCCAUCCUUCCCCAUCCCCUGCUUCCUUGCCAUUGCUGGGACAAUGCAUGCCCGUCCCGUUAUUCCUAAUACUGUGUCUGUAAGUAACUUCAUGACUAGAAGAGUGUAGUGUUGUGGCUAUG